AUGGCCGAGGGUUAUCAGGUCCUGGAAGAAUUGGGCAGUGGGAGCUUUGGGAAGGUGUACAAGGCCAUUGACAAGUCCACUGGUGACCUGGUCGCUAUCAAGCAGAUUGACCUCGAAGAAACAACCGAUGAGCUAUCCGACAUACAAGCCGAGAUCGCCCUCCUAGGCACCUGCAACAGUCCUUAUGUCGCCCAGUACAUUACCAGUUUCGUAAAAGGGGUGAAGCUAUGGAUCGUCAUGGAAUACCUAGGAGGAGGCUCAUGCUUGGAUUUGGUAUGUCCCUUCAGUGAAGCCCAUAUUGCCAUCAUCGUGCGCGAGCUGCUUCUAGGCCUCGACUAUCUUCAUUCGACCGGAAAGAUACAUCGCGACAUCAAGGCCGCAAACACCUUGCUGAGCGAUUCCGGCAAAGUCAAGUUGGCGGAUUUUGGUGUGGCAGCCCAGCUCAUCAACAUCAAGUCGCAGCGCAUGACGUUUGUUGGCACCCCAUUCUGGAUGGCCCCCGAGGUGAUCCAAGAAGCCGGCUACGACUUCAAGGCAGAUGUAUGGUCCCUCGGCAUUACUGCCCUAGAGAUGGCCAACGGCGAGCCUCCCAAUGCAGGCAUCCACCCCAUGAAGGUGCUCUUCAAUAUUCCCAAGGAUCCUGCUCCACGGCUCGAGGGUGACAAAUGGAGCAAAGAUUUCAAGGACUUUGUAGCGCAGUGUCUGAUCAAAGACCCAGAUCGACGAGCGUCCGCCAGAGAACUGCUGCGACACAGAUUUGUCCAACGUGCCGGGAAGGUGGAAGCGUUGCGGGAGCUGAUUGAGCGGAAGCGCGCUUUCGAUGCCCAGGAAGAGAAUGUCUCUCAUCCGAAAUACUACGAGGAGACCAUGAUUAACCUAUCUCCACGGACCGAUGAGGACGAAUGGGUAUUCGAUACCGUCAAGCCCGACACCAUUCCUCCCAAACCCGUCCCGAAACGCCGCAAGACUGCGCGCAUACCCUCCACCGAUGCGACGGGAGUCGCUUCUUCAUUGCAGCGCAUGGAUUUGAAUGCCGCCCCGCUCGGGUUACCUACCGAUUCGCCUGCGCCCGAGACCCGUCGCCGAGUGUCGCGCAAGUCAUCCUCUGCGACUGCCAUUCGCGUCUCCUCUGGGUCCACACCGACCGCUCGCAGGGUCAGCACCAAGAAACCACUGGGUGUCGAUCUGACCUUUGGGAACUCACCGUCUACCGUACGGCACUUCAAACGGGUCUCGUCGGGCGAGAAACGCGCCGCUCUCUGCUCCAACCCUCCUGUGAACUCCUUCCAUCCGAACCCACAGGCGCGUACUUUCCGCCCUUCGCCGCCCAACUCAAAUCAUCCCAUGGACAUGGACGACGAGAACCAACCUCCAGCGGAUUAUCCGCCAGCACCGGUGACAAAAGACGCACUCUAUGGGAUCCGAGCAUAUAGCAAGGUCCUCGACUCGGUCUUCCAGGAAGCACAUGCUGAUUCCGCAUCGCCUCACCAACGUGACGCUAUCUCGAGGGUGGCACAAGCAUGGGCGCAUUUGGACCAGGUGGAUCCGCAUGGUGAAUUCUUGCUCCUCAGAUCCAUGGUCGAUCGACUCCGAGCGGAUCCAAAGCUGGCUUCGGCGCUUGGCCUCACCCCUUCUCCGACCUCCGCACCUUUGAGGAAUAAUACCAAGACGAGCGACAACAGUUGCAGCGGUUCGACCGUUUACGGCACGGAUACUAUGCGCAUCCGCUCCAACUCGACGACUACCGGUUCCUGUUACUCAGCGUCCAAGUCCUCCGCAGAUGCAGCCAGUCCGGCUCCCGCUCUUGCUCCACAGCGUGGCCAAACACCCUCGUCACGACCCGCCUCGUCCGCCUCCUCGGCAGCAUCACCAUCCAAGGGCCCUAGGCUCGUGCUCGCGCAGAACAACCCCCAUCUCAAGUCGCACAGACGGCGCCAGAGUGCCCUCGUCAAUGGAGAGAAGAUGUGGGGUGCCGACAAGUUUGGCGACAUCGACGAGAGGAGACUGCCCGGGCAUGUGGAGAAGGGGAUGGAGCAGCAGGGGUUGCUGGCCGAUAUCCUGUACGGCCAGUGGAUCAAUGGGUUGAAGGGGAGGUGGCCCCUCUCUUAGCAAGGACGGACGCAGUAGAGCGGAUGUUUUUCGAUUCUUUGUACUCAUAUUUUGGUGAAGGUCAGGUAAGUACGGGAGUAUUUGUAAUGGUGUUGAGGGCGUGUAUAUUAUUUGCUUUCUUGUGAGGGGGAAUGAAGGGCCUCGUGGGAUACCGAUGAGGACCUGUGAGGGAUGCAUAGUCUUGGAGUCUCUGGAGUAAGAGGUGUAGAUCGUUGGGCUUUCUAGGUAUUCAUAGCUCGUCUAAUGUCGUCAAUUAUAAUGUCCCUGAAGAACGAUCCAUU